UUUUAAUUAGACAACAGGGUACUGUAGUUGGGUGUGAUGCACUGUCUUUACGGAUUCUGACCCAGUCGUUGAGGUGAGAUUAAAGCUUUGUGACCACAAAUGCAGACGAGCCUGGCUCUUUUGCAUAAUUGGUAAGAGGCCCACUUGCGAUGCGUGUGGUUGGAGGUUCUCAUCCAGCCUCCACGUUCUUACGAACGCUUCAGUCUAAAAAUGAGUCUGGAAAUAAUUAUGUUAAUUUCAUAUAGUGGCUUAUGAACAGCUACUGAGGUCAUAAACCUGUUGUUAUUGUAUGAAACUAUUGAAAUAUUUCAAAUGGCAGUAAUAAAUCCUUGAUACUUUCGUCCAUCUUAGUGCAAUUAGCAGUUAUAUCCAUGGAAGGAUUUGUGAAGGUCAAUUGUUUUAUUAAGGAUUCGUGAAGGUCAGUUGUUUUAUGUUAAAGUACCUGUGACUAAUGUGCAAAAAGAAUGCAGCAUAGGCUAUCAGGUGAGUUUGCAGAGGCUCAGUCAUUAGGGCCAUUCAAAAAUCAAUAAGACACCAGCCUAGAGAGAAACAAUGUACUCAAAACAGCAAGCCUUAGUGGGCCAAAUUCCUACUCUUUUUCCUUUAAGGUGCUACUUUCUCUCCCCUUUCUUCAAUUAAAAAGAAAAAAAUGUAUUUUUUAAGCAAGAGAAAUUCAGUUAAUGUGUUAGGAAGUAAAAUGAACAUGCUGUUUUUUAAAAUUUUAGGAUUACCUGAUAACUCAUAUGUAUGGCAAUGCAGGAAGAGAUGACCUGUGGAACAAGUUCUCUGAGGCGAUGCAGAAGGAAGGAAGGGAUAUAAAUAUAAAGGAAGUGAUGGAUCUCUGGACACUGCAGAUGGGCUACCCGGUGGUCACCAUCACAAAGAACGACAGCGUGGACAACAGCGUAACGAUCAGCCAGGAACACUUCAUCUUUGACAUCAAGCAUUCUGCGCCCUCAAACAGCAGCUUCCAGUGGCAAAUUCCAUUAACGAUUUCAGUAGGAAAUUCAAGUCACAUUUCCCCCGAAUCAAUCAUAUGGGUUUCUAAUAGAUCAGAAUCCCACAAAAUCGGCUCAGUGGAUGAUGGGAGUUGGUUGCUUGGAAACAUAAACCAAACCGGAUACUUCAGGGUAAACUAUGAUCUCAGAAACUGGAGACUUUUAAUUGAACAGCUGAUGAGGAACCCUGAGGUGAUUUCCGUUGGUAACCGCGCAGCCCUCAUCGACGAUGUGUUUAAUCUUGCCAGGGCUGGAUACUUGCCCCAGAACAUUCCUCUUGAGAUAGUGCGCUACCUUUCUCAAGAGAAGGAGUUUCUGCCCUGGCACGCAGCCAGUCGUGUGCUCUAUCAUCUUGACAAACUGCUGGACCGCACAGAAGAAUACAGCAUCUUUAGUGAAUACAUAUUGAAGCAAGUUGCCUCAAUGUAUCACAAGCUUGGCUGGCCCACAAGUGCUGUGAAUGGCUCUGUUGCGCAAGCCACUUAUCAGACUGAGGAGCUACGCCGAGAAGUUAUUAUGUUAGCCUGCAGCUUCGGGAGCAAGCACUGUCACCAGCAGGCGAUAACUCUUAUUUCUGAAUGGAUAUCAAGCAACAAAAACAGGUGUGGGAGACUUUAGGUUGUAGAGAUGCAGGGUACAAGUAGUAAAGUUCACAUUUCUCAUAAAAUUGUAAUAAUCGCAUGAACCUAUUCUUGUGCAAAUGCAUUGAGCAAACUCUUUCAUGGUCAUCACGUGUCUUGUCAGAGGUACAUCAUGUGGCCAGUUUUAAGGAUAGUUGUAUUCGUAAUAUAAUAAAUAGCCACACUGCCAGUACUUUGUGAACAUAAUAAUGAGUGACUCCUUGUGCAGUGUUCUGGUCAAUACAGCUUACUCUUGACGCAUUCAGCUUAUUCUGCAUUUUGAUUGCUGCCUUUCAGAUGUCACAGAGGACAGCAAUGGCUUACCCCUAUGUGUCACCAGUCACUUGCGACUGCACAUAAAUGGAUAUCACAAGUUCUUAUUGUGGGAUAAUUACCACCUGGCACAGAUACAGAUGAAUAGAGUGAAUGGGUUUUAAGUAUACAGCACAAACUUAAUAAGAGAGUUAAAGAAUAUAAUUUACUUUGACAUGUGACUUUGAAUACCUGACCUCUCACAUGCAGAUGUAGUUUUCUAGCAUUUACAUUCAUACUGGUGUACCCCGUUGCUUUCAGCAAUUCAGUGCUGUCUUCUUUUAAUCACAUUAUACUUUCUAGUUUUAACCUCUUUGAUUGAUUGUUCUAUUGGUUACCAAGUCCCGAUGUACUAACGAUGUUUAUCAAAGGCAUCGGUGCUUGCUGAUGUGCAUGGAGGUUUUACCCUUCUCUCCUCCACCUGUGACUUUGGAUCAGCCAUGAUCCAGUUCCAGCAUAGCAUUCCCUUACCACUUUGGAUCAGCCAUGAUUCAGUUCCAGCAUAGCAUUCCCUCACCACUUUGGAUCAGCCAUGAUCCAGUUCCAGCAUAGCAUUCCCUCACCACUUUGGAUCAGCCAUGAUCCAGUUCCAGCAUAGCAUUCCCUUACCACUUUGGAUCAGCCAUGAUCCAGUUCCAGCAUAGCAUUCCCUUACCACUUUGGAUCAGCCAUGAUCCAGUUCCAGCAUAGCAUUCCCUUACCACUUUGGAUCAGCCAUGAUCCAGUUCCAGCAUAGCAUUCCCUUACCACUUUGGAUCAGCCAUGAUCCAGUUCCAGCAUAGCAUUCCCUUACCACUUUGCUGUCCGUGUCCCUUUUGUCUUCCAGCUUCAUUCCAGCGAGGAGCAGGAAAAGGCUAAAAACUCAACUCAGCGUUUCAGUAAAUUGCAGCUGUAGUCUUGAAAGUGUUUGAAGUACCAACUUCUUAACUAGCAUUAAUUGCUUAUUACACUCACUGGUUAUUUUAUAUACAUGUUAUGUACAUACAGUAAAAUGUCACUUCACAUGUUAUAAUAUUUUCAGUCCAUUUAUUAGCGAUAACAAAUUAGUCCUGUGACCAUUUCAUGCUUGACAUUUGGAGCAUGCAGUACCUAUAAAUCAGCUCCAUUUUGAUUUAGCUAUUACACGAAUGGAAGAAUGCUCAGCAGACUGUAGGAACAAGGUGCUUCAAUGUUAAUGCUGCGUGUAAAGCUUAUAUGCCCGAGCUACAGUUACUGAAUAAGAAAUAUCUUACCAAACUAUUUAAUUGUGCGUUUUCCAACUGCAAUGACUAUUAACCUUCGUAGCAUUUCCUCAGACAGUAGGGUCAGCAUUCUGAGCACUGCUUCUCAUACACUGCUGCGCUCCUACAGUUUGAACUGCUUAGCUUUACUUUAAUGGCAAAUUUAAGGAUAAGCAUUGAAUGUGUCUUGAGCAUUUACCAGAGCAGAAUCUCAUCAGCGAUUUUCUGAAGUUUUUUUAUGAUGUUUUUUCACUGUCCGUGCACGUGUGUUUGCAGGAUACUUUGAAAUCCAAUAUUACUGAAAUACAAGAAUACAAUAUUUUUUUGCCUUUACUUGGAACAGGGCAGCAUUUUAUAUGAGUUUUACUCAAGUGUGUUCCAACACUUUCUCUAAAUGUAAUCGUAAUGUAAUGUCUAACACAUGACAGUAAAAGCUUUUUUCUAGCCUCAUCCAAGGUCAUUUUAUGGAAAUGAAGUCUUUUGGUUCAGGUAGAAAAGAUCCUAAAUAUGUUGGUAGUGUGCCAUUUUUCAAAAUGUAUUAGCUGUUACUCACUCAUCUUCCAAUAAUUAGGCAGUUGAGGUUUUGAUGUGUAUUAUAAGCCUGCCAAACUCCGAUUGAGGUGACACACUUUCCUCAGUGGCUCAAAGAUGUGUGUCGUGUAGCUGCAAGUCAGCAGCUCUGCCACACAGCCUCUUACUGCUCCACUUCUUCAACCAAGCAAUGGAGCAGUUUGGGGGAAUCAGCAUGUCAGAAACUCUUUGACAGCACAUGGACUUGUUUUAUUUUUAGCCACUGCAUAUCCCUGGAAACAGGGAUAUAGCGGUCGCAGAUGUACAUACAGUACAGCCUGUUUGUCACACUUAGGGUUCAGCUCUAUGAUGAGAACCACGUCCAAUUGACAUAAAACUUGGUCUGAACUUUAUUAGUUCUUAAGGUGUCAGAAUCAAUAUCAUGGUGGCUUUGAUGAUUUUUACAUGUUACAUAAAAAUUGGCUUAUUUUACAUAAAUAAGCCAAUUUUAUAACUUCCCUGCUAAAUAGCAGGCCUUCUGCUGUAGGUAGGUGAGUACAAGUUGCUUCGGAUGAAGAAAACCCACUCCACCCCCAUCAUAACACUGUUCUUAUGAAGCAUUUCUUUAUUACUC